ACAGUUGCUGGAAUGGGCGUGGAGUUGUAACGUGUCGCUUCAACAAGGCAAGAGAAGGAAACGGCGAAUGUCAAACCAGACACGUUCUCGAAGUCGCGAUAUGUAACUAGGAACUAAAUACAAAAGCUCGACAACACAGCACGCGCCUGGCAAAACUAGAGAGAUGAUACCUGAGACUUCUGCUCACCUGUUUUGAACCUCCGCAAAACCACCAAACCUUCCCCCACCCAACACUUUCACACAUACUGAUCUGCCUUAGAUCCAUCAUCAACUCUACUCUGGUGUUGAUCUAGACCACCACCAAACACCCACCAUGUCGGAUCCCACUGACCCCAGAGAGGACAUCCUAGACUGGCUGACCAGCCUGCGUCUGCCCCAGUACGCUGACGGAUUUAACCUGGGGGGCUUCCAGUGCCUGGAAGACUGCAGGGGGCUCACUGAAAACCGCCUCCUGGAGCUCCGAGUGUUCCCUACAGGCCACCGUAGACGGAUCCUAUGUAGUUUGGAAGCCCUAAGAUUGGUGGUGGAAGAGCCGGGGGAAGAGGAAAAGGAGGGGGAAGAGAGGGUGUGGGACCAGAGAAUGCCCGUCCCCCAACCCAGACACAUCUUCAUGACAAAUAAGAAAAGGGUGACUUCCUGCCAGCCUAGUGAGAGGGUAGAGCAGGCAAGAUGGGAGGGGAGGCAGACCCUACACCCUGGGGCUGGCUUAGCGUUCUCCUCUUCUGUCUCUUCAAUCCCUAACACUUCUAUAAAGGGGUCUCUGAGACCACCUCAGCCGACACCGCGUGACCCUCUCAACGUACGCACCACUUCCUCAGCUUCGAACUCCACAUCUGGCAGCUGUGAUUCCCUCUCUGUCUCCUCCCACUCUGGAGAGGUGCCCUCUGAUUGUGAGAUCUCCUCUGAGGAGCCCUCCCCUUCCUCUACAGACCUCUCUCCCGGGCCUGACCACGUUCUAUCUGGGAAAAACCAAGAGGUUUACCAGGCGAAGAUGGUGGAUAAUGUGAUCUAUGAGAGGGGCCCCAGCUUGAAGACACAAGCCAAGGGCCCCCGGCCCACCCGUUCCUACAGACUGAGGCACCGGCCAGUUCCCGGGAUUCCUGACCAGGUCAUCCUACCCCCGCCGGCCUGGAGCUUGCCGCCACUAACAUCCACAACCGACCUUGAACACCUUCCCUGCGCCCAGGUUCCCGGCCGUGCUAACGGCAACCAGAAAGCCCCACUGCAAAGAACGUUGUCUCCCAUUGUUCCUUAUGGAGAAACAUUCCUAUACAACAACCCAGAGAACAUACUGGACCAGGGUACUAAAGAACUGUUCAAGAAAGAAAUCAAAGAGAAUGUCAAGCAGAAGAAGCUGAGAAAGAAGCAUGGUAAGAUCAAGGAGUCCAGGGACAAGACACAGGUCCCUCCACCUACUUCAACAGUCCACAACCUCUAUGAAGAUGACUACUCUAUAGUGGAAGAGUGCACCACCAGUUGGGAACUAUCCAAUCAUGCUUGGCCUAACGCUGCUACGGCGACCCCGGAGCCCCUCCUCUCCGGCUCCCUGCCCGGGCCCGCCCUCUCCCAGGUCGUUCCCAUGACAAUGGUGGUGUGUGACCUCUACUCGGAGCCCUUUGACACGCUGGGUGGUCUAGUGAAGAAUACGUUACCUGUAUUACCCGCGGACCACGACGAUAAUAUCUCCCCUUACGCCUGCUUCUACGGGGCCCCUAAGACCAAACUCAAGAUGGGGUGGCUGGACAAGCUCUCACCGCAAGGAAACUGUGUCUUUCAGAGAAGAUGGGUGAAGUUUGAUGGAGAGAACCUCUCUUAUUACAACAAUGAUAAGGAGAUGUACUCUAAAGGCCUGAUACCGUGCAGUGUGAUGAAGCAGGUGCGAGGGCAGGGGGACAACCGCUUCGAAGUGGUCACCUCCCUCAGGAUCUUCGUGUUUCGGCUGGAGAGGGAAGGGGAGCGUCAGGAGUGGAUGGAGGCUCUUCAAACGGCCAUACGCUCCCCUGCCUCCAUUUCCCAGAAGCCCCAGAAGUGUGGCACCAACAAACAUGGCAGCAUAGAGCUGAGAGGGUACAAAGGCAAAGUGUACGUCUCCCUGACGGGAACCAGAUUCAAACUGUGCAAAUCAGAACAGGACUUCAGAGCUGGCCUGGGUAUUUCCCUGAUCGACCUGACUGCUACUAACGUUAAAGAUACAGACCGGAGGCUCUUCCAAAUCAACACUCCCUUCAGGAACUUCUGCUUCACGGCCGAAUCGGAAAGGGAGAAAGAGGAGUGGAUUGAAGCAUUCCAGGAAUCGAUAGCCGAAACGCUCUCCGAUUAUGAAGUGGCCGAGAAGAUCUGGUUCAACGAGUCCAACAGGAUCUGUGCCGACUGCCGAGCGUCGCAGCCCGAAUGGGCCUCCAUCAAUCUGGGGGUUGUCAUCUGUAAGAAGUGUGCAGGUCAGCACCGGUUCCUGGGCCCUAGCCUCUCUAAAGUUAGGAGCCUGAAGUUAGACAGCAGUAUCUGGAGCAACGAGCUGGUGGAGCUCUUUCUGGAGGUGGGAAAUGAGAACGCCAACAGCUUCUGGGCGGCCAGCCUGCCCCUGGAGGAAGAGCUUCACAUGGGGGCGUCGCCCGAGCAACGAGCCACUUUCCACCGCAGGAAGUACAGAGAGAGGAAGUACCGGAGGGUCUUGGGAAGCCUUCACGACCAGGAGCAGCUCAAUCAGGCACUGUGUGCUGCUGUGGUUCUACCUGAUGUGUUAGAGACCAUGUCAUUGGUGUUCAGUGGAGCUGAUGUGAUGUGUGCUACAGGAGAUCCAACCUACUCCACGCCCUACCUUCUGGCCCAGAGGGCAGGGCAGAGGCUACAAAUGGAGUUCCUACACCACAACAAGCUCUCAGAUUUCCCCAAGCUGGAGUCGUCCUCAGAGACCAGUUCUCCGUCUGAUGCUCCGUCCUUCAUGGACGGCUUCCUCUACUGCUCCGCCGGUCCGGCCAAGGCCACCCUGGACAGGAGAGGCAGAGACGACAUGGUGCGACGCUGGUGUACUCUGGAGGGGGGCUUCCUUAGCUAUUAUGAGAAUGAACGGAGCCCCAUGGCCACCGGCAGAGUGGACAUCACUGAGGUGGUCAGUCUGGCUGUCAACAACACAGAGACCAUGACUGGAGCUGGGGCUGUGUUCAUGGUGGAGACCUACCUACAGUCAGACAGAGUGUUCUUGUGUGGCGCCGAGACACAGGAGACACAGCAAGACUGGGUCCAGGCUAUCUCCAAGUGUUUCGUCCCAUCUAAUGUCGAGGCUAUGUUGAGGAGAGACUGCGAGCUGAUUGGUCGGCUCUACUUUAAGGAAGGUCAUGACCUCUACCACUGGAGGGUUGGUUGGUUUGCUCUGGAAGGCUCCGCCCUCUACUUUAGUUCCGGGGAAAAGGAGAGCACACUGGGGGCCAUGCAGCUCAAACAACUACAGGAACUCACUGUUUCCACCCAUGUAGAAGGUGAGGAGAGGAUCCGAGUGCUGUUGAUGGUGGAGGGUGGAAGAACUGUGUACAUCCAUGGUUUCAACAAAGUCGACUUUGCGCUGUGGCACUCUGCGAUCAAAUUGGCCUCUGGUACGGACGGCAGGGCUCUAAGCAACCAGCAGCUGAGUAAAAAGGGCGUCCCCAUCGUUGUGGACAGCUGCAUAGCUUUUGUCACCCAGUACGGUCUGUGUCAUCAGGGAAUCUACAGCGUAGGUGGGGACCCGGGCCGUGUAUCCCUGCUCCUGGGGGCCUUCAGGCAGGACGCCCGCAACGUGAAGCUCCAUGUCCUGGAGCACCAGCUGGAGGACGUCGCUGACACCCUGAAGACCUUUCUGUCCCAGGCCGAGGACGCCUUGCUGACCAAGGAGCUCUACCCCUACUGGGUGUCUGCACUAGAUGAGGAGGAUGAGAAAAGGAGAGUGGAGAAGUACUCUAGAUUUAUCCAGAGUCUUCCCAAGAUCAACAGAUCCACCCUGACUGCUCUGCUGCAACACCUCUACAGGGUCCAGAGGUGCUCCCAUAUCAACCAGAUGCAGACCAGAGACUUGGCCUGUGUGUUCUCCUCCUGUCUCUUCCAAACCGAGGGACAAACCACACCAGAGAUCAGUGUGGUCCAAGACCUCAUCACCAACUAUGUACAACUUUUUGGGGUCAACGAGGACCAACUCAAGCAGAUGGAGAGUGAGAACAGUUUCAUCACACGAUGGAACGACAAGAAAGACACCACAUUCUCUCCGGCCGGGGACUUGAUCUUUGAGGUGUUCCUGGAGAGGAGGGAGCCGGAGGACUGCUGCUUAAUCAAGUUGUCUCCUACCAUGACGUCAGACGAGCUGGCAGAGUCCACGCUGGUUACGAGGAACGUGGUCACCAACCCGGUCGACCUCUGGACCACGUUUGAGGUCAUUGAGAACGGAGAACUGGAACGCCCAUUACACUACAAAGAGAAGGUUCUGGAGCAGGUGCUGGAGUGGAGCACUCUUGACGACCCCAGCUCCGCCUUCCUCGUCAUCAAAAAGUUUGGAGAGCACAAAAUGGCAGACACUCUCCCAGGCAGGAAGCAAAAACAGUUUAUGAGAGGGGAACAGGUGAAGUUCAAGGAUGGAUCCUCCAAGCUGCUGUCCGGACAUAAAUUCCAGGACAGAUAUGUCAUCCUCCGAGAUGACAAGCUGCUACUGUACAAAGAGAUGAAAAGCACUAAGCCAGAGAGAGAGGUCCCACUGAAGUUCGUCAAGUGUUACCUAGGACUGAAGAAGAAGCUCAAACCACCCACCAGCUGGGGUUUCACCGUCUACACAGACAAACAGCAAUGGCAUUUCUGCUGCGAUGGGAAGGAGUCUCAAAUAGACUGGGUGACAGACAUCAUCACGAUGAAGCAUGGAGGAGACCUCUGGUCAAAGAGCAGAGAUCACAGCAAACCUGCAGUUCAUAAAAGCAUGUCAGCAGCCCAGCAGAGUUCACAGAACAGAACACAGAACAGAACACAGAACACAGAACACAAAACCAGCAAAAACCCGUCAUACAGAACGCUGUCCCUAAACAUCGGCACACCUCCCAGUGAAGAUGAGAAAACAAGGGAAGAUUGUGGCAGUCUUCAGCACAAAACAGCCAUAGUGGCUAAUUGCUUGAAGCAGAAGGACCGACUCCUGUCCCCCGGGACUGGUCAGAGAAAUGUUUCAGCGGGAGUGAUCCAGCCUCAGCGAUGUCCCUCUCCACACCCAGAGCCCCAAGCCCCUCAGAGUGGCGUCAAGAACCCAAACAGGAGGCCCGUUCUGAUGGGAGAGGGGGGUCUAAUGCCCCCCAACCUCCUCAACGAACUUAACUCUGUGCUGAAUAAGACUGGCCGUAGCGCCAAGGAGGAGAAGAGCUGAUGGAGAGAUAGAGAAGCCCAGAGAAAAGAAAAAGAUGAAAAUGUAAAGUGAGGCUGUGAAAAAGAAUGUGCAAGAAAGAAAGGGAAUGGAAGAUGAUUAGAAUGAAAAACAGAGCGACAUGGAGACAGAAAUACUGAGCGAGACAGAAAGACUGUGGAGAUAGAAAGACUGAGUGAGACAGAAAGACUGAGCGAGACAGAAAGACUAAAUGAGACAGAAAGACUAAAUUAGACAGAAAGACUGUGGAGACAGAAAGACUGAGUGAGACAGAAAGACUGAGCGAGACAGAAAGACUAAAUGAGACAGAAAGACUAAAUUAGACAGAAAGACUGUGGAGACAGAAAGACUGAGUGAGACAGAAAGACUGAGCGAGACAGAAAGACUAAAUGAGACAGAAAGACUAAAUUAGACAGAAAGACUGUGGAGACAGAAAGACUGAGUGAGACAGAAAGACUGAGUGAGACAGAAAGACUGAGUGAGACAGAAAGACUGAGCGAGACAGAAAGACUGUGGAGACAGAAAGACUGAGUGAGACAGAAAGACUAAAUGAGACAGAAAGACUGACUGAGACAGAAAGACUGAGUGAGACAGAAAGACUGACUGAGACAGAAAGACUGACUGAGACAGAAAGACUAAAUGAGACAGAAAAACUGUGGAGACAGAAAGACUAAGUGAGACAGAAAGACUGAGUGAGACAGAAAGACUGAGCGAGACAGAAAGACUGAGCGAGACAGAAAGACUAAAUGAGACAGAAAGACUGAGCGAGACAGAAAGACUGUGGAGACAGAAAGACUGAGCGAGACAGAAAGACUGAGCAAGACAGAAAGACUGAGCAAGACAGAAAGACUGAGUGAGACAGAAAGACUGAGUGAGACAGAAAGACUGUGGAGACAGAAAGACUGUGGAGACAGAAAGACUGAGCGAGACAGAAAGACUGAGUGAGACAGAAAGACUGAGUGAGACAGAAAGACUGAGCGAGACAGAAAGACUGAGCGAGACAGAAAGACUGAGCGAGACAGAAAGACUAAAUGAGACAGAAAGACUGAGCAAGAGUGAAAGAGAGACUAAGUGAGAAACUUAAAAAAAAAACGUGAAUAAACAAGUUUUCAUUCUCUUCAAGAGGGACACUUGGACCUGUUUUCCAGGAGGGAAAUUAGAGUUUGGAGUGGAAAACAGGUCCAAGUGCUAUUGAUGGACAUAUCAUGGGAAACUCCAGGCCGACCAACACACUAACAGUCAUUUAUAACAGUUCUCAAGACUGUCCAGAUACAUUUCUACACCGUUACCUAUGCUAUACCAAAUGAAUUAUAGUAUCAAAUUCUAUAACAUUUUGGCUUUCGUUAAAAUUCAAUAUUGAUAUGAUAUGAUUAAUAUUGGUUGACAAGGAAUAUCUUCUCCAAAGGAAUGUACUGUAUCUAUUCUGUUAUUGCAUAAAAAAUGUUAUUUCCUGGUGACAUACUACAUACUACAUGCUACAUACUACAUGCUACAUACUACAUACUACAUGCUACAUACUACAUACUACAGGCUACAUGCUACAUACCACAUACUACAUACUACAUGCUACAUGCUACAUACUACAUACUACAUGCUACAUGCUACAUACUACAUGCUACAUACUACAUGCUACAUGCUACAUACUACAUGCUACAUACUACAUACUACAUACUACAUUUUUAUAUUGUACAGUUGUAUAAGACACUGCACAUUCUGUUCUUUGACUGUAUUUACGUAUAAAAUACUGUACUGUAUAUUUUAUGCAUAUUAGGAAAUGGGGGACACUGUUAACCCAUAGUAUUCGAUAUGUACAGUAUAUUUAAUUACGUAGUAUUUCCUUCACAAACGACUUGAUUUAAAAAAAUAUAUAUAUAUAUAUAUGAAUACCGAUCAAUUCUUAUUCAAAGAUCUGUUAUAUCGUUUGAGUGCCAGGGCAUAUGCUUUUCCCAAACGGGAUUUGAACCCAUUCAAAAAAAAAAAAAAAACGCCUCCAACUUCUUUUCCUGUCAUUGUUUUAUUCAUAGACCUCAUCAAAGGGUUCUUUUUUUUUAUUGUAGUAAAAUGUAAAAAUAAACUCUGCAUCUUUAAGUCA